AAUCUUCACCCACCGGAGUCGCCCUUGAAGGUACUUGAAGGGAAAGAAGCGUGGAGAAACCGGAUUUCGGACCAGGUGCCAGGCAACCCUGUCGUUGGCCCACUUUCGUGGAAGUUUGGGGACCAGAGCAGGAACGGUCAUUCUUGCUUGGCAAGGAGUCAAGGAGACUCGUUCGCAUUACGGUAUCCAAAGGCUUUCUUCUUGGGAAGGGUCAAUUCAACUCGUGAGGAAGCAACUCAGGGAGCCAGCAAGAUUCACCGAGCAAUGGUGACCAUCCGGCAGGCGCUAGAGAGUGUCCCUCGUAUUACAUCAGCAGAAGUAGAGCUGCUCCUCAGGCACAUUAGAGCGGCUGGCUUUAAUGAUGACGAGCCUGCUGACGGCGUCUUUUUGGACCUCAACCCUGCGAAAAUCCAUGUUUAUGGUAAACUUGAUCCUCUGGAUGGCAAGCACCAGCUAAUUCUCCAGAGGGCUCAGUCUACAUCUGCAGCUGCUGCACGAGGGGGAGGGGCCGAGGGCGCGGGCGCUUCAGGGGCCGUGGAAAUGCCGGAUGUUGACUAUGGGAGAGCGUUCUGGAACAAUGUUCCCGCUGCCAGAACACUCACUUUUGACUGAUUUGC